AUGGUGGAAAACAGUAUAAUUCAUUAUUUAAAAGAUAAAACGGGUGAAAAAUCGGACCGCAAUCAAAAUCAAAAAGGCGAUGUUUUCCUUGAGUGGGCUCAAAGAGCCGCAAAUGAUUCGAAAGACAUCGAAGACCUCGAAAUCGACGAGAUUGGAUCGUCGCGACACCGGCCAAACAAUAUUGAUCAAUAUUGUCGAAAAUAUCAGAAGAACUUCAAAAACUAUUGCGUAAAGGAAAAACUUACCGAGUUGGAGAAGCUUUUGGGCCAAUUUUGCGUCAGCUAUCAAAAAAAUUGUGGCGGGGGCGAGAUUGGCGGGGCACCGCCAGCAAUCGACAGUUUCCCAACUCCAGAGCCACUUGUUCCUGAAAAACCUGUCGCUGGCCAACCUCCGAUUCCAGACAAAGGAACGAAAGGCGUCCAGAGCUCAUCAUACUGCGAGGAUUAUCGCAAAGAAUACACGGACCAGUGUACCGAAACACGAGUCAACGAUUUUUGCGACUCGUACUCGAAAAAAUGUGUGGUUGAUGGAGAAACAAUGGCAGAAAAGAAGCUAGAAACUGUUGAUUCCUCAACCGAAAAUGAAGAAGGUUCAGUUGUAGAUCAAGCGACGGAAAAGAAUGGAAAUGACGGCGAAAAUGGUGACGACGACGAUGAUUUGGAAUCAUUCGAAGAAUUCGAGGAAUCUGAAUCGGCCAAGGAAAAGGAUCAUAAUCAAGGAACAUCGAAUAGCGUCACAAGCGAUGAGGUUGUUCAUUAUUGCAACAACUAUACCGAGAACUACAACUAUUUUUGCGUCGGCGACAUGGCUCCAGAAAACGAAAAAUUUUGCGAUUCUUUUAAAAAGAAUUGUCCUGACAAAGCCCCUUUCAAAGAAUCCGGAUCAUUUCUGGGGAACAAGGAGUCCGGAAAUGGCCGCGGAGACAAGUCUCUCUAUCUAUACAAAGGAAACAAAAAAGAGUAUUGCGAUAAAUUCAGCGUAAAUUAUAAUUAUUAUUGCACAGGAACAAUCGAAAACGUCGAGAUUUUCACGAAAUUCUGUCCUUCCUAUAAAAACGCCUGCCUUUCCGGAGAUAAACACAAGCUUCCUCCGCCAAACCCGUUUGACGCGGAUAGCGGAACAAAAAAAGCGAGUUCAAAAGGUUCGACAGAUUUUCCCGACUUUGAACACCCCGGAAAAUCCGCGACAGGCAGUUCGCAUCGCAAGAGAGAAAAGAAAAAGCGUGCAUGUACAGCGGACUGUGACCAAAAGAUAUUCCCGCAUUGCACUCCGGAAUGCAAAUGUGAUUAUGCGUAUCCAUACGUUCAAAAGUUCUGCAACCCUCCACCACUUCCAUUAUUUCUGAAUACGUGCAGAUUGUGGUACCACGGAUGCCCGAAAUACGAGCAAUAUCAUUAUGCUUCUCAAUUUGUCUACUCGAAAGCCGAAAAGGGAAAAGUGCUUGAAGGGCCGAAACAAUCAACGACAUUUCAAUUGCUCACACCCACCGGACAAACAUUGCCAUAUAAGCCAACAAGGGCCAAAAGAAGCUCUGACAUGGUGGUUUGGCCUUCCAUUGACGAUAUCCCAUUGGAUAGUAUGCCAGUUUUCGAAAAGAUCACAAAAUCAAAUAAUUCGAAAUUGAAAAAUGAGAGAGCGAAUUUUAAGAAAUUCGAUUUGGUUCCUGCGCCUUCUAUACCCAAACAACAAAAAGCAAAGGACGAUGUUCCUCAAGAGAAUGACAUUUCCUCUGCACCAACACUUCCAAGAGUUAAGAAGACCACUGGCGGUGAAGCCGUGCCGGUUUUUUCCGAUAGCGUCUUCUCGAAUGCCCUUCAACAGUACAACACAUUCACCGAUUCUCGCGGAAUUCUCCAUCGACCGCGAAGUCGAUCGCCAUUCACGAAGCCGGGUCUUUGGGAACCAAAUCCCGAUGAUCCUCAUAAUCGAGACCACGCCAACAAGUUCUACUAUCAUCCGGAAUCGGUGGCUGUCGAUUGGCUUCAGGGCCAAUUGGCGUGGGGCGCGCAUUGGGCGGUUCCUGCGGUUGGCACUGGCGGCACCGAUGGUUUCAGCGCCGUUCAUUUCCCAUCGGUCGGCACAUUCUUGAACAUUCCCGACGAUUACGACUGA